GGCGGCGGGCCGGGUCGGGCCGCCGGCUCCAGGCCUGAGGGCCGCCAAGCAGCAGAGCGGGCUGCCCAGAGCCUCGUCCAGCCUGGCCUGAAUGCCUCCAGGGAUGGGGCAUCCACAGCCUUUCUGGACAACCUGUUCCAGUGCGUCACCACCUUCUGAGUGAGGAACUUCCUGACACCAAACCGAAAUCUCCCAUCUUGGUUUAAAACCAGCUGCCCGCAUCCUAUCGCUAUCAAUCCCUCUGGGCAGCAGCAGCGCACAGCAAGCCCAGUUCUCGUUGGUUCUCCUGGCCCAGCUCUCCUUGCCGCCUGCUGUCUCCCAGCCACCACAUCGGUCUGUGUGUGCCCCACCAGGCAGGAGCGCCUUGCAGGGAGCGCCCGGCAUGGAGGACAAACGCAACAUCCCCAUCAUCGAAUGGGAGCACCUGGACAAGCGGCGCUUCUACGUGCUGGGCAUCUGCAUGACCAUGAUGAUCCGCGUCAGCGUUUACCCCUUCACGCUGAUCCGCACCAGGCUGCAGGUGCAGAAGGGGAAGAGCCUUUACAACGGGACCUUCGACGCCUUCAUGAAGAUCCUGAGGACGGAGGGGGCGGCCGGGCUGUACCGCGGCUUCCUGGUCAACACCUUCACCCUCAUCUCGGGGCAGUGCUACGUCACCACCUACGAGCUGACGCGCAAAUACGUGGCGCGGUACAACAACAACAACGCCGUCAAGUCGCUGGUGGCCGGCGGCUCGGCCUCGCUGGUGGCUCAGAGCAUCACGGUGCCCAUCGACGUCGUUUCCCAGCACCUGAUGAUGCAGAGGAAGGGUGAAAGCAUGGGCAGGUUCACGGUGCGCGGCCGCGACGGACGGCGGGUGGUGGUGUUUGGGCAAACCAAGGACAUCAUCGUGCAGAUCUUCAAGGCUGACGGGUUGAAGGGUUUCUACCGUGGCUACGUGGCCUCGCUGCUGACCUACAUCCCCAACAGUGCCGUCUGGUGGCCCUUCUACCACUUCUACGCCGCUCUCCAGCCUGACCCCCAAGGACUGCCCACAUCUCCUCCUCCAAGCCAUCUCAGGGCCGCUCGCCGCCGCCACGGCUUCCACGCUCACCAACCCCAUGGAUGUCAUCAGAGCUCGGGUUCAGGUGGAAGGCAAAAGCUCCAUCGUGCUCACCUUCAAGCAGCUGAUGGCGGAGGAGGGACCCUGGGGUCUGACCAAAGGCCUUUCCGCCCGCAUCAUCUCCGCCACCCCCUCCACCAUCGUCAUCGUGGUGGGUUACGAAACGCUGAAGAAGCUGAGCCUGCGCCCGGAGCUGAUGGACUCCCGGCACUGGUAGGGCUGGCAGCUCCCACAGCCGCCUUCGUGUUCAGCACCGCAGCUCUCGGAGCCGCCCUGAGCUCCGCCAGCGUUUUUGCCCGGCGCCGCACGGAGCCCUUCGUGCCCUUCCGUCCUUUGUGAAACCGGAGCCAGCAGCUUCCGCCUUCCGUCCCCUUUUUCUGCCCUCUUCAACCCCACUCGCGGCGGUUCGGCCCCGCGUUCCUCGACGGCUGCUGGAGGUGCGCGAGCAGCGCGACUCGGAGCCGCCGCAGCCUUCAUUGCUGCGUUCAGGGCGGCCCCGCGCUGCCCCGUUCUGCCCUCGGACGGAUCCCGGCGUUACUGAACGCUUUCUGACGGCCGUGCCGGGCGCUCGUUCCCACGUUUUGUGCACUUUACGGACCGGGGGCCGCUGGGGCUCCGGGGAUGGACGCAUCGCCCACGGUUCUGCUCAAUGGAGUGACCCCGGCGGAGACCCGGGGCUGACCUGGAAGGAACGUCGGGGCGAAUAAAGGCGCGUCCGCCGCGUUCCGCUCCGGUUCCGCUC